GUGUAGGAAUGUGCUCAUACACCAUGAGGAGAGCGCAACUAGUAAAGAUACUAGUUCUCUUGGCUGCUGAACCAAGGGUUGCUAAACUUAAUUCGAACGACAAAAUAACAACCAAAUCAAAGUGUUAAAUCGAACCUUGAGGCUUGUCCUAAAUUUCCCUACGUAGGUGACACAAAUGGCCAAAAAGCCCUGCUUCACAAAGCCUCUAGCCAACAAGGGGGUUUCUCUCCACCUAGAUCAAAUUGGCAUGAUAAUAAGAAAUGAAGAACACAACUCAAGAAUUCUGAAAAUACCUCAAACUUUGCAUUAAACACAAACCCACACACAUAGCGCUUAAUCCAUACAAUCUAUGACAUAUCUCUCAAAAAUUUGAGAAGACGACAAUCUCUCACUCGACUCUCCCUCAAAGUUUCCGCUUCAUCCUUCUUUUAUACCCAGAUCGCGCGCACUUCACGGUCUCAGAUCACGGUCAUGAUCUGGAAGCUCAGACCGUGAUUUCAGACACAAGUGCACCUUUUCAUUUAAGGACUUCAUGGUCUGGGGGAGAUUAUCAAGGUUUCGGACAGAAGUGCACCAUUUCAUUUAAGGACUUCAUUUAAGAAGCUUUUUUACUUUGGCCCUGGUUUGUAAGGGUUCAUGCACAGAAGAGAGGCCGACCACCAUUUUUGGGAUCACUGUGCUUGGUCCUCGGAAAAUAGCCACACACAUAGAGAACACAAAAACAAAACACGAAAAGAAAAUUAAAGAAAAAUGAAAUAAAAACACCAAGGAAGAAUCAGAGCUCUAGCAGCCGUUUUAUGGAGAAAAAUUCGCGCUUCGGCCGCCGGUUCUACCAAGACUAUUGCUGACUCAAAACUAAAAAAUAAACACGUACAAAAAAGGAAUAAAAUCUUACCCAUUUUCCUUUUUCGAAGUUUGCGAGAUGUCCCCGACAAUGACGCAAAAAUUUGUUGUCGACUAUAGUGCCGCUACCAAAUUUACCUCGCCCUAAUGCCAAGACCCUAUUCACUCGGUCCUCUCACAAAACCCUUCCUUUAUAUGCAAGGUACUGCUCUAUAGAAGAAGAGGUUGAUUUGGGAGGUUGUGGUUCCUCCAGUUUUGUAGAACAUAAGAGUUCAGAAAGUAAAGCGAUACAGAAAAGUAAAUCCUAAGCUACUAGAGAAUUGAGAGAGUAGAGAAGGAAAACGUUGCAUAGGCAAUGUUCCCCCUAGGCCUCCUAAGGACAUGCCCUCGAUGAUCGUAGCAUACGAACUAUCGAUUUCUUAUUUUGUUAGAUCCCACAUUGUGUCAAAGCAUUUACCCAAACUAAUGGGAGACAAGGAACCUUCAGAUUUCCCUCUUGAGGCAUCACGCCAUUUGAUCGAAUGAGGUUCGAUCGAGUAGGAUUGCUAUUUCUAGGCCCAUCCUAAACGGAUAGAAUGUCAAUCCUUGCACCUCGAUGGCGAGAAAGACCAACUAAGCAAUCAUUCAAGUCAGCAAACAACGAAAUAGAGGAAAUCAUGCAUCACACAUAUGAAAAUCAAACAAUCGUAUUAAACCAAAUCAUCAAGCUUACAUUGUUAUAACCCCUAGGGUUCACAUACCUAUGAAACUAAGGUACUUAGCCUACCAUGGGGAGGGAUUCCUAGAUGUUCCCCCUUGGUCUCCUAAGCACACGCCCUCGAUGAUCGUAGCAUACGAGCUGCAGAUUUCUUGUUUUGUUAGAUCCCACCUUGUGUCGAAGCAUUUACCCAAACUAAUGGGAGACAAGGACCCUUCGAAUUUCUCCCUUGCCUUGAGGCAUCAUGCCAUUCGAUUGAAUGAUGUUCGAUCGAGUAGGACUGCUAUUUCUAAGCCCAUCCUAAAAGAAUAGAAUUUCAAUCCUUGCACCUCGAAGGAGUGAAAGAUCGACUAUGCAAUCAUUCAAAUCAACAAACAACGAAAUAGAGGAAAUCAAGCAUCACGCAUAUGAAAAUCAAACAAUCGUAUUAAACCAAAUAAUCAAGCUUACAUGGUUAUAGCCCCUAGGGUUCACAUACCUAUGCAACUAAGGUACUUAGCCUGACAUAGGGAGGGAUUCCUAGAUGUUCAUCUGUGGAAACAAAGACACCAAGAAGCCACGGUAAUUGUCGGCUGAAACAGAGAACACAGGCCAUAGGCACCAUUUUUGCCGUCGAUUCUUCCUCUUAGGGUGGUCUUGUUCUAAGUCGGGAGGGUUGCUCUGUUGGCAAAGUAAUGACUCUUCCUUGACCUCUCGUCUCCCUCUCUGAACUCUACCUCUAGAGCCCUAUUUAUAGAUCUUUGAUUCGACUUUCUGAGGAGGAAAACUCACCCUUUAUGCAUCAUUCGGCCAAUCAGAGCACUCUAAACACGUUGUUAAUGGAUCAAUAUACUCUGGGAUAAAUUCUUGAUAAAGUGGACGACUCUCCUAGAAUGACGUCGUGGCCGCCUAAUUUCUUCACAAAACGGUUGUCGUUGCGUCAUUUUACUUUGAAUCAACAUCUCUUUGUCCUCGCAUUUUCCCAACACUACUUCCUCCCCGGUUUGAGUAGGCCCGUAUACAAGAGCCAUGUCCUCGUCUUUCCAGGAUAAAAACCUUGUUCUUUGCUCCCACUCCAAAAAUGAAGGUACUGAAAGGAGGGUCAUAGUGUUUUACCUGUGUGGACAACAACACCUUCUCAAAUCCACUCAUCCUUAUCUCCAACAAGCCAUCAAAUCCAGCCUCCUGCACUUUCUUGCGACUUGCCUAAUAAUAAUUCGGAUCAUGCUUCAGAACUUUCCAACACCCAAUAUUGUUGAUGGAUGGCAACGAUGUUGAGUGUUAUAUACUUUCCUUCCUGCUUGUGGUUUGUUACCCGUAGCAGCAGAAGCCUCAGUAGUAUCACCUUCAGCAGCAACAGCUUUAAGAGCAAUAGCCUCAUUAAUAGUAGCCUCAAUGGCAACAAUUUCAACAUUAGUAACUAGCUCUGGACUCUUACGUUUGACAACCUUUUUUUAGUACGACCCAUUAUUCCAAAGGCCUAAAAAAUAGACAUGAAGCAUUACUCAUAUUCUCACAAUAGAAAACUUGUAUUCACAAUGAACCAAAGUCGUAUUCUCAAAACACAGAACUUGCAUUCACAAUGUCUCAUUUGUAUUCUCAAACCACAAGACUAGUAUGACUUAAACUUUAUCAACAAUAAACUAGUAUUGACAAUAAAUCGAUACUCAUAUUAUAAAAAAGCAUACUAGUUUGACAAUGAAUCAAUACCCAUAUCCUCAAAAAACAGACUAGUAUUCACAAUUCUUCAAAGUCAUAUUCUCAAGGUCCAUAGUAUUACCUAGUAUUCAACUUCAAAUAAUAGCAAUAGUCUUCCACAAACAACGAACUAGUAUUCCCAACGAAUCAAACUCAUAUUCUAAAAAAACGGACACAUAUUCUCAAAACCUAGGCCGGUAUUACAUAAACUAUAUCAUCAAUAGAACACAAACUAGUAUUGUGAAUAAGACACUUCAUUUUGA